GAAAACCAGAAAAACCAGAAAAACCAGAGAGAGAGCGAGAGAGAGAGAGAGUGGAGGAGAAGCAGUGAAGACGUAAGAAAGAACAUAAAUUGUUGCUCAAGCCGUACAGAAAGGAGGAGCAUGGGAAGCCUUUGAGAAAAGUAGUUGAUGACAGAGUGUGGCACAGGCAGGGAAUCUGCAGCAGAGGCGUGAUGAUCAGUGGUAACCAUGGAUCCUCCUCUUCAUUUUUGUUGUUUCAAAAUCAGAAGAAGUCAGUCUGAUUGUAAAUGGCCGUGGUGGAAUUCAGAGGAACCACCUGUAAAUGAACAUUUCUGACUUCUUUCAGCUCAACACCUUAAGAUCUGCAGGGAAGGCAGCUUCUGAGAAAAAUGCUGCAGCCGAUGCAACACUAAAGAACUGGUUGUGUGGGGAGACAUACAAACAUUGCCCUGAGUCGUCAGGAAGGAGAGGCACACAAAGCAGGAGGAGCAUUUGAGGAGUAUGGGACGAGGAGUUCAGCACUUUGACUUGUUGCCUGGAUGUCAGAUCUCCAGCACUCAAUGACCAGCAACGGGUUUAGCAGCUCAAGUUUGCUUCAGGGCCGGCGUUUCUACUGUCGAGAAUGGGCCCUGGACAAGCUGCGGCGUUGCCUGGAUGCACGCUCAGUACCAGGUCAGCCACCGGGGCUGCUGGUUACGGGGGGUCCCGGUGUAGGGAAGACAGCACUGUGCACGGAGGUGGUGUGUCCCACGUCAAAGGCAGGGCUGAUGGUUGAGCUAGCACAGCGCUGUCUGGCAUCCCACUUCUGUCAGAGACAGGACCAGAGGAGCACAGUGCUGUGGAGGUUCAUACUUGGCCUGGUGGAGCAGCUGAGGGUCUCCCCGCUCCUGCCUACUUCCUAUAAGGAGAUCCUGGACAGCCCAUCCGUACUAUCUGCUCUGCAGCCUUACAGCUGUCUAAGGGAUCCUUAUGAUACUUUCAAAAGAGCUGUGUUGGGGCCUCUGUUGGACCUUCCUCCUCCUGCCCAGACUCUGAUGGUAGUGGUGGACUCUCUGGAUGUGGGACACAGGACCAGGGAUGCAGGUUCAAAGAGCCAUUCCAUUGCAGAACUUUUGGCAACCAAUCAACACCUAUUGCCCAGUUGGAUGCUGCUGGUUUGCUCUAUCCGGCGUCAAAAUAAAGAUGUGUGCAAGAUGUUCUCAGGUUUUCGUAGAUUGUGUCUGGAUGAUCUACGGAAACCCCCACCAGUUCGUGAUGUGCAGCAAUACAUCCUGUGUCGCCUGGACGAAGAAGCAGCACUUCGCCGUCAGCUCACUCCAGACACAGCUGACAUGCUGAAUCUGCUGCAUAUCAAGAGUGGUAGCUGUUUUCUCUUCCUUGAACGCGUGCUCGAUGGUGUGGCAGCUGCCCUGGUGGGUCUGCGAGAGAUCCGAGAUAUCCCUGGAACACUCAACGGUCUCUACCUAUGGCUGUGCCAGAGACUUUUCCCCCGGGGACUGUUUGUCUACAUCAGACCUCUUCUUAAUGUCCUUUUAGCUGCCCCAAUGCCACUCACACCUCAGCAGUUGUUCACAGCUACGUGGACACAUGAUACAUCCCUGAGCCUGCAGGACUUUCAAUGCAGGCUUCAAACCCUGUCUCCUCUCUUGAUUGAUGGCCCAGGAGGCAGCAAACUACUUUUUCAUGCCAGCUUUGCUGAGUGGCUAUUGGAUGUCAAGUAUUGUACACAGAAGUACCUCUGUUGUAGAGCAGAGGGUCACAGCAUGCUUGCAAUGGCGCUAUCAUUGCAGGGACCCUAUCUGGACUUUGAGGAGACUUGCCAGCUUGCCAACCAUUUAGUUUGCUCAGGGCAGCAUAAAGAAGACCCUUCAUUACUGGCACUGUGGAUGGUGUGGACAGGUGUGGAUGUUGCUGCCCCGAGCAUUAUUAGUGGGCAAACAACAUCUUUACCUCAAUCUCCUGUUCUCGUCAGUCAGGAAGUCCUUCAGCUUUUACAGAAGACUGGACUCCUCUCUCCACAUUUGUCUGCGGAUACAUUAAAAACUGCUGGAGUGCAGUGCAUGGAUGAAGUGGAAACUAGCUUACAAAAGCCAUUAAAAAGGCAAGAGUCCAAAGACAGGCAGCCUUUGCUAGCAAGUGCAGCCCAUGAGGGUUCUGCCAAUGUAGUCCAUCUUCUCUUGACACAUGGAGCUGAUCCACUGAUUAGUGAUGAACAAGGUCAGACACCACUGACAUUGGCUUCCAGGCAGGGUCAUGUCAAAGUAUUAUCUGUCCUCCUGGAAUGGGCCAAAAUGCAGGAACCAGAAAUAGCUGUGAGAAUGAUGGAGCAUGUUGACAAUGAGGGGUGGACAGCAUUGCGCUCUGCAGCUUGGGGAGGACACAGUGACGCAGUCUGUCUUUUGCUGGAUGCAGGGGCAGAUGUAGAUGGAUGCGACACUGAGAGCCGGACUGCUCUUAGAGCUGCAGCCUGGGGUGGUCAUGAGGAAAUUGUCCUGAUGCUGUUGGACUAUGGAGCGCAGGUAGACAAAGCAGAUAGCAAGGGGCGCACACCACUGAUUGCAGCUGCCUACAUGGGACAUCAUAAAACUGUGGAAAUAUUGCUUGAUCACAAUGCAAAAGCUGACUUAGCUGAUGGAGAUGGCCGUACGGCUCUGUCCGUGGCUGCCCUCUGUGCUCCCAUAGCUGUAGGGCUCAACGGUUAUGGGGAUGUUGCCAGUUUACUCUUGGAGCGUGGCGCAGAUCCAGGACACAGAGACCAUGAUGGAAUGACACCACUACUUCUUGCAGCCUAUGAGGGCCAUGAAGACAUAGUUGAACUUUUAUUGGAAGCUGGUGCUGAUGUAGAUGAGACUGCUGGCAUUGAUGCCAGUGCCUCUGUUGCAGCUGCUGUUACUCCACUGCUUGCAGCAGCAGCAAUGGGCCGCAUUAGGACAGUGUCACGGUUGCUUUUCUGGGGAGCAGCUGUGGAUGCCAUUGAUUGUGAAGGAAGGACAGCACUCUGCCUGGCAGCAGCAACAGGCAGUGUUGAAGUUGUACGUGCACUGCUGGACCGAGGCCUGGAUGAGAACCACAAGGAUGACCUUGGAUGGACUCCACUGCAUGCUGCUGCCUGUGAAGGUCAUCGUGCUGUGUGUGCUGCUUUGACAGAGCAUUCCAGUAUGGCACGUGUGGGAGAGAUGGACAUUGAAGGUCGCACUCCCCUUAUAUUGGCUGCCCAGGAGGGUCACUGGAGCACUGUCAGACUGUUAUUGGAUAGACGGUCUUCCAUUGACCACCGGGCCUAUGAUGGGCACUCUGCUCUGAGCUUCGCCCUCCUAGAGGGUCAUACUGAGGUGGCAGAGUUGCUUAUGAGGCGGGGUGCUGAUACUGAUGUUCAAGAUGCAGAGGGGCGGCCUCUCCUCUAUCUCUUGGUGCUGGAGAAUCGCCUUGAAAUGGCUACACUUCUCAUAGAGAAAGGAGGCAUUCCCUUAGAGUCACGGGACUCUGAAGGGCGUACAGCGCUUCAUGUGGCCUCAUGGCAGGGAAGUGUAGACAUGGUACAGUUACUUUUACUGCAUGGAGCCAAUCUGAAUGCACAGGAUACUGAAGGAAGACCUCCACUGCAUUCAGUGGCAUGGACAGGACAUGCUGAAGUGGGCCGGUGUCUACUAGAAGCCACUGAUAUCAAUGUAGAUCUUUCUUGCAAGCAACAUGGGGCAACAGCUCUGAGCAUUGCUGCCCAGGAAGGACAUGCUGACAUUGUUAUGAUGCUUCUAGAAAAAGGUGCAAAUCCAAACCACAUAGAUAAAUAUGGCCGAAGUCCUGUCAAAGUAGCUGUGAAACAUCGGCACUUUACCAUUGUUAAACUCCUGGAGAGCUAUGGAGCUAAGCCAUACCUGGGCCCAGUGCCUCAGUCUACCUUUGUCUUCACUCCAAAAUCCAACACAAAAUCAUCCUCAGCCAUCCUGAGGGGUAAUGGAUGUGAAGGCAGUGGUGAAUCAGCAGUUGCUACCUCCUUGUCCUCAGUGUCUUCCCCAGACUCCACUGCUGAUCAGUUUCAAUCCAUGCAGAGUUCCCAAACUUCAUCUACUUGCCACUCACUGGCCACUGUACAGACAGUCCCAGCAGACAGCCUCAGCUUUGUCCAACAAAUUCAACAGCAUUCACUGCCUCGCAGCCGGAGCCGGCCUUCCACUCUCCCUCCAGCAGGGACCUCAGGCAUGGGCAGCCUCCAUGGAAGCAGCCAGAGGCCACCCAAAGGCAGCCCUCCCCUCAGUGUUUGCAUGGUUACCGCCAUGGUGCACAACUGCGAACUACCUGAGAAAGGCGUUUCCUGUGAGCUUGAACACUCCAACAAAAACAACAAACAAAACACAAGCUUAAUUAAAUCAGAUAGUCCCAUUUAUGUAGGUGGUAAAUGGCACUCAGUCAUGGCUUCUCUUGGGAUAAUCCCGGGACAAGAUGAUCCUGGUUUAGCUGCUAAAAACAGAGAGAGUCCUCCUCUGGGUUACCCAUGCAAACUACAAAGCCCUCUUCAAGUGGAAGCUUGGGAUUCUCCACCCCAAAAGAACACCUUGUCACCUAUCUCCUGUACUUUUACUCCAGUCUCAAAUUAUAGUGCCUUGAAAGAUGACUCUAUGAUUGUUAUGACAACUGCAGAUCCCCAUCUUAAUCUGAAACAAGCCAUCAAACUACAGUUUGAGGGUCCCACCAGUGCGGCCUUAUAUAAAAAAGAGACAUCGUUAUGAUGGAUGAUCACGUAAUCAUAUUUACAUAACUCAAAUUUAUCAUCAAUAACAGACCAAUAUCUGGGCCUUGCUCAAAACCAACUUAAAAUCUGUAAAAUCAUUAAGUGAAACUGGUGAUGAGAUCUAAAAGAAGGGAACAUUUUUGAGGUACAAUGGCAAGGGAAAGUACUUGAGCACAUCAUCCAUCCAUCCAUCCAUUUUCUGUACCCACUUACUCUAAUUAAGGGUCACAGGGGGGCUGGAGCCUAUCCCCGUAGUUAUAGGGUGUGAGGGAGGGUACACCCUAGACAG